AAAAGCGGUCUCAAAAGACAUGACCGUCUCGUUUGUGCGCACGAGGGGUCUCAAAGCAUUGAUGACAUACAGCGGGAGAGCAGCAUCCGCCGGACAGAGGGGCAAUCAAAUGUAAAACGAACGAUUCCAUCCUGCAGCGUUUCCAUAGCACUAGCCUCCUAUUACAGUCCUUUUGAUGUUUCUAUCACGAAUGAAUCGAUGACGAAGAAGAAUAAGAAGGAAAGGGAAGAUUGGAGGAGAUUCGCUUCUCUCAUAACGGGGUACCGGUGAAAGAGGGGCAGUAGCCUACCUAUUAGUCAAAAACGUCAAACGAGAAUAGCCGCACCAUCAUCAGUCGCGUCUGUUUGUCGUGAGAUGACAAAGUGAAGUGGCGGAUCAUGUCUCAGAAGAAGAUAUUUCUGGUCUUUGUGGCAAUCAGUACCGUCAGCCUACUGCUGCACCAUGGGGGCCAUUUCAGCUGGACGAUGGAAGCCUUUCACCUCGGCUGUCCGUCACUACGCACCCACCUGUCCUCCUCUCUCAAGCCCAAACACACCAACGUGGCCUUCCUCAAGACGCACAAGACGGCCAGCACCACCAUGCAGAAUCUGCUCUUCCGCUUCGCAGAGCGCAACAACCUGACAGUGGCGCUCCCUGUGCAGGCCUGCGGACACCAGUUCUGCUACCCGCGCACCUUCAACGCCCACCUCGUCCACCCGCACACCCUGCCACCCAACGUGGUCACCAGCCACAUGCGCUUCAACCGUGCCGAGAUGCAGCGCCUCAUGCCUAACGAUACCAUCUACGUGACCAUACUUCGAGAACCAGGGUCCAUGUUUGAAUCGUUGUUCAGUUACUAUAACCAGUACUGUCAGAGUUUUAAGAGAGUUCCCAAUGGGUCCCUGGAGGCAUUUCUGGACGAGCCGUGGCGGUACUACCGUCCGGACGAAAAGGACUCCAUGUACGCCCGUAACACGCUGACCUUUGACCUAGGUGGGGAUAAGGACCGUCCGGCGGCAGACGCAACAGCGUACGCCCGGGCCUUUGUGGCCGAGACAGAACGCGUCUUCUCCCUGGUGAUGAUCGCCGAGUACUUUGACGAGUCGCUGGUCCUCCUCCGUCACCUUCUCUCCUGGGAUCUGGAAGACGUGCUCUACGUCAAGCUGAACAUGCGAAUGUCCGGCUCCAAGCACAGCCUCUCGCCAGGCCUCCCCUUCAAGAUCCGCGCCUGGAACGCCUUGGAUGCACGCCUCUAUGAUCACUUCAACGCCUCCCUGUGGCGCCAGCUGACUGCCCUGGGCCCGGCGUGCGUGGCCAGGGAGGUGCGGUUGCUCCGCAGGGCCCAGGAGAGGCUGGUGAGGGGCUGCUUUGGAGGACGGCUUCCCCAGCUCCGCUCUGCUGCCCAGAUCAAGAACAAGGAGCUGCGGCCGUGGCAGCCCAGUGCAAAGGUGGACAUCGUGGGCUACGACCUGCCGACCAACACCAACGCCACGUGGCCCGGAAGUCUGGCCCACGAGCUGUGUCUGAAGCUCAUCAUGCCAGAGGUCCAGUACACCAGGGUCCUGCUUCGAUCGCAGUCGCUACGCUACAGACGCAGCUACCCGCUCCGCUCCCCUCAGCCCCAGCCGCAGCAGCCCGUACGGUCGGUCCUGCCACGCCACCAACAGGUGGGGAUACAGCAGAUACACCGGGAGGCCCUUCCUCCAGGACUUGGUCCCGCUUCUAGCCCCACAGCCACCUCUCGACCUGCAGGGACCCAGAGCAGGGCCACCAGGGUGGGGUUAAGGCCCUCAGGACCCCAGAGGCAGACGCCAUAACUUAAGACUGCAGCACCAGCCUUGAAUAUAGACAGACUGAAUACAGCCAGACUAAAUACAGGCAUGCAGGCAGACAGACAGACUGUCCUCCAGACUUCAGCCAUUUGUCCCCAGGGACUGUAUCAGGGGGUUCUGGAGGAGAUAGGGAGAGGGAGGGACACCCCCAGAUUGGGGCUGGAGAUUGGGGUAGGACCCCAUCAUUAUGGGCACAGGCAGAGAACUCUCAUUAAUUACAAACUCUGUAUGGAACAAUAAAGAACUGUUACUCUCGCUUUAUCUCUCUCACUCUCUAAUGCCACCCCCCCCCCCCCUCCCAAACCUUGAGAAGAUCAGUGAGAUGACAGUGAGAGAGGGUCAUCGCUCCGGGUCCGUGUCCAACCCUCUAAGCCUUCUCCAGAGAGGAAAACCAUCCAGUCCUGGGCCUCUCACCCAAUGACUUUACCCCCUCCCACUGAGUGUUAGGCCCGAGGACAGGUCAAAUGUCAAAAGUUAGGCCAGCGGUCCAUAGACUGACCC